CCAGAUGAACGCCACAGUCACCACCAUCCGCAACGUCAUUGGUGUUUUGCCAGGCAGCCACCAGGCAAACAGGUACAUCAUCCUAGGCAACCAUCGCGAUGCAUGGGUGUUUGGGGCAGCAGACCCCAACAGCGGCACCACGUGUCUGCUCGAGGUCGCGCGUGCCUUUGGCCACAUGGCAGCGCGUGGUUGGUCGCCGCGCCGCUCCAUUGUGUUCGCCAGCUGGGACGCUGAGGAGUAUGGAUGUCUUGGGUCAACGGAGUGGGCGGAGGACAACGCCCCUGUGCUAGCCACUAAAGCCAUCGCCUAUAUCAACGUGGAUGUGGCGGUGGGGGGAGGGGGCUUCCACGCCUCCGCCACCCCUCAGCUUGAUGACCUCAUCCGUGACGUCAGCAGCCAGGUGGCCAAUCCCGAUGGCCCGGCCGGCCAGUCGCUAUUGGAGGGAUGGGCGGCUGAGCACAACGUGUCAGAGCCUGAGUUGGGCCGACUCGGAGGCGGAGGCAGCGACUACGCAGCAUUCCUGCAGCACCUUGGGAUUGCCGCCGCUGACACACAUUUUGGAGGAUCCUACCCCAUGUACCACAGCGUGUACGACAACUACCAUUGGAUGGCCACCUUUGCCGAUCCACUCUUCAAGCGCCACGUGGCAGUGGCUAAGAUGAUGGCUGGCGUGGCUGCCAGGCUGGCAGGCGACCACCGCCUUCCUUUCAACUACAGCGCGUAUGCCGCCCACCUGGGGCGUGACGUGGCAAGGCUGCAGUCUGACCUGGCAUCACAAGGCGCCCCGCCCUCUCUCUCUGUGGAUCCCCUCCUUGUCUCCGUCUCUCGCCUCCUGGCUGCCGCUCAGAGCAUUGACACAGAGGCUCAGCACAUCACUGCCAGCAGCAGCAGCAGCAGGUGCACGCGAGGCAGGGCAUGCCCCAUGGAGGGCGCAUCUGGGGAAGGUGCCAACUGCGGGUCGUCCAAGGCAAUGGAUGGGGUGAACGAGCGGCUGUUCCUGGCAGAGAGGGGGUUCCUGGACGGGCAUGGGAUCGGGCCUCACUACACGUGGUUCAAGCACCUGGUGUACGGCCCUGAGAAGGACAACGACUACGCCACGUCGCCAUUCCCUGGAAUCCGAGAUGCCAUUGCUGAUGUCAUAAACAGCAACUCCCCCAGGAAGGAGCUUUUCUCUCGCCGCGCUGCGCUGGAUGCUGAGAGCGCUGCUGCUACCGGUGUGGAGGUUGGGACGAGCAGUGCCAAUGAUAGGGAGAGUGACAGUGAGGGGAGUGACAGUAACGGAGAUCAGGAGGGAUGGAAGGCAGUGCAGCAUGAGAUUUUCCGGGCGGCAAGGGCUAUUGAGCGGGCGGCCAAGAUCCUUGAGGGGCAGCUGCUGUGAGGGGGUGCUGUGAAGCGCAGGUGCUGUGAAGAGCAGGUGCUGUGAAGAGCAGGUGCUGUGAGGAGCAGGUGCUUGGAAGGUGUGCUGUGAUGGAGUUUGCAUGCAUGCUUUGAGGCGCCUCGAGUUAAGGACCCCAAUCAUUGAGCUGGCAACAUUGAUCCUUGCAGGGCAGCUAGUUUGAGCUGCAAUGGUGUGUGCUGUGCAUUGCUGCAGUCGCAUGGUUGUGCUGUGCUGCAUGCGUUGGGUUCGGGUGGGGCUUAUGCAGUGUCUCGCUGCACUAGCAAGCAGUGUUAUGCAGGCAUUAUACUUCUGAAAGCACAUGGUACUAUUAUUAAAAGCAGCGCAGGACCAGCAAGGUUACUAUGCUGAGGCAAUAGCUUCCCAUAGUGUGCAAUACAUGUAGUCCACGAAA